ACUAUGAGAUCACUUCCCAUGCAAAUGUUGAAACAAGCACAACCAUUACUAAAAAUGCCAACAAGGUUGUUACGAAAAGAAGUGAUAAACCCGUGGAAGCAUCAAAGGGACAAGGUGGUCUUCGUAAUGGGGGCAACUGGCACCGGAAAGUCUCGACUCUCAAUUGACCUAGCUAAUGCUUUCCAAGCAGAAAUAAUAAAUUCAGAUAAGAUUCAAGUUUAUAAAGGGUUGGACGUAGUGACCAACAAGAUGACAAAAGAAGAGCAAUGUGGGAUUCCUCACCACUUGCUAGGCAUAGUAGGUCAACAUGUUGACUACACGGCUAAAGACUUCUCCCUCAUGGCCACACAUGCAGUGGAAUCGAUUCUCCAUAAAGACAAACUCCCAAUAAUCGUUGGCGGAUCCAACUCAUACAUCGAGUCUUUGGUUUCAAACCCUAAAUUCGGGUUUAAUUCCAAGUAUGAUUGUUGUUUCUUAUGGGUGGACGUGUGUGCACCAGUUUUAUAUAAAUACGUGUCACACAGAGUCGAGAAAAUGGUUCAAUCAGGUUUAGUAAAUGAGGUCCGAGAAAUAUUUGACCCAUGCAACACAGAUUACACCAGAGGAAUACGACGGGCAAUUGGAGUGCCAGAAUUAGACACAUAUUUUCGGACUGAGCAUUAUUUAGAUGAAUCGAGUCGGGCCGAACAACUCCAUUGUUCCAUAAAUGAAAUAAAGGGUAACACAUGCAUAUUAGCAAACAAACAAUUGCAAAAUAUCAACCGAUUGAAGUACGUGAAAGGGUGGAAUAUAAAUCGAAUUGAUGCUACUGAAGUAUUUAGGAAGUGUGACAAAGAAGUUGCUGAUGAAACUUGGAUGAAAACGGUGACCCGACCAUCAAUCAAAGUUUUGACCCGUUUUCUUAAAAAUAACAUUGAUUUGGAGUCCAAUUACUCUACAAGAGUAGUAACAAGGAGUAUGAUUGGGAAUAAUAAUCAUAUGAUUGUUACAAACUAAUUAAUUAAGCUAGUAUAGUACGUGCAUAUAUGUCUAAAAUAAUUUGUUUAUUGCUUGAAUAGUUGGUUAUUAAAUUAGCUUUCAUAUUAAAUGAUUUUUGUAGUUGUGCCUUUGUGGGAAGAGAAAAUAGCUCUCCAAUAUGAAAAUACAGAAAAAGAUGUAUUGUUGCUGUGG